CUGGCCAGCCGGAGGUUGGGGCCCCAGCAGCUCAAGCAGAGCGCUGCGCACCCAGCCGAUCCGCCUGUCAGGCCGCCACCUCCAGCCGCCUGGCUUGCACCUCAUGCUUGCACCUCGGACUACGGAGACCGGGGUCCCCAUGUCCCAAACUGAAGCUGACUUGGCUCUGCGGCCACCUCCGUCUCUCACCUCCUUGGGGCCGACCCGCCUGGGGCCACCUCCUCGCAGAGUGCGACGCUUCUCUGGGAAGGCUGAGCCCCGGCUGCGCUCUUCCCGACCGAACCGCCGCAGCUCAGUCGACUUGGGACUGCUGAGCUCCUGGGCUCAACCAGCCUCACUCGUUCCGGAACCCCCCGAUCCUCCGGACUCCUCUGGUCCGACCGGGAGCCCACCUUCUAGCUCCAAAGAACCCCCCGAGGGCACAUGGACCGGGGCAAUCCCGGUGAAGACUGCAGAGUCCGCAUGUUCCGAGGCUGCGGGAUCUUCAGGAGGUCCGGCGUCCCGGGACCCACCGAGGCUUCCUGAUGCAGCAGCCCGGGAGAGGCGGCGGGAGCAGGAAGAAAAAGAGGACACAGAGACCCAGGCUGUGGCAACGUCUCCAGACGGCCGAUACCUCAAGUUUGACAUUGAAAUUGGAAGAGGCUCCUUCAAGACGGUGUAUCGAGGGCUAGACACCGACACCACGGUAGAGGUGGCCUGGUGUGAGCUGCAGACUCGGAAACUCUCUCGGGCUGAACGGCAGCGCUUCUCCGAGGAGGUGGAGAUGCUCAAGGGGCUGCAGCACCCCAACAUCGUCCGCUUCUAUGACUCCUGGAAGUCUGUGCUGAGGGGCCAGGUGUGCAUCGUGCUGGUCACGGAACUCAUGACUUCCGGCACGCUCAAGACGUACCUGAGGCGCUUCCGCGAAAUGAAGCCCCGAGUCCUUCAGCGCUGGAGUCGACAGAUCCUGCGGGGGCUUCAUUUUCUACACUCCCGAGUGCCCCCUAUCCUGCACCGAGACCUCAAGUGUGACAACGUCUUCAUUACUGGCCCUUCAGGCUCUGUCAAAAUCGGAGAUCUCGGACUAGCCACGCUCAAGCGCGCCUCCUUUGCCAAGAGCGUCAUUGGGACCCCGGAAUUCAUGGCCCCCGAGAUGUACGAGGAAAAGUACGACGAGGCUGUGGACGUGUACGCCUUCGGCAUGUGCAUGCUGGAGAUGGCUACGUCCGAGUACCCGUACUCUGAGUGUCAGAACGCAGCACAGAUCUACCGAAAAGUCACGUCGGGUACAAAGCCCAACAGCUUCUACAAGGUGAAGAUGCCGGAAGUGAAGGAGAUCAUUGAGGGAUGCAUCCGGACGGAUAAGAACGAGAGGUUUACCAUCCAGGAUCUCCUGGCCCACGCGUUCUUCCGAGAGGAACGAGGUGUCCACGUGGAACUGGCAGAGGAGGAUGACGGAGAGAAGCCGGGCCUCAAGCUCUGGCUGCGCAUGGAGGACGCUCGGCGUGGGGGACGCCCACGGGACAACCAGGCCAUUGAGUUCCUGUUCCAGCUCGGCCGGGACGCUGCUGAGGAGGUGGCUCAGGAGAUGGUAGCUUUGGGUUUAGUCUGCGAAGCUGACUACCAGCCAGUGGCCCGUGCUGUUCGAGAAAGGGUUGCUGCCAUUCAGCGGAAACGGGAGAAGCUUCGAAAAGCUAGGGAACUGGAGGUUCUCUCACCUGAGUCAGGACCCCCUCCGGCAACUGUGUCCAUGGCUCCUGGCCCUCCCAGUGCCUUCCCCCCAGAGCCUGAGGAGCCAGAAGCUGACCAGCACCAGUCCUUCCUCUUCCGCCAUGCCAGCUACUCAUCUACCACCUCUGAUUGCGAGACUGACGGCUACCUCAGCUCCUCCCUCAGCUCCUCCGGCUUCUUGGAUGCCUCAGACCCUGCCCUUCAGCCCCCCGGGGGGGUGCCAUCCAGCCCCGCUGAGCCCCAUCUCUGCUUGCCCUCGGGGUUUGCCUUGUCCAUUCCACGGUCUGGCCCUGGCACUGACUUUUCUCCUGGGGAAAGCUAUGCCUCAGAUGUGGCCUCAGGCCUCAGUGACAUGGGAGAAAGGGGACAAAUGAGGAAAAAUCCAGUGAAGAAUCUCCGACGGAGACCCCGAUCCCGGCUGAGGGUCACUAGUGUCUCAGAUCAGAAGGACAGAGUUGUGGAGUGUCAGCUACAGACGCACAACAGCAAGAUGGUGACCUUCCGAUUUGAUCUGGAUGGGGACAGCCCGGAAGAAAUUGCGGCUGCCAUGGUGUAUAAUGAGUUCAUUCUGCCCUCGGAGCGAGAUGGAUUCCUGAGCCGGAUCCGAGAGAUUAUCCAGCGAGUGGAAACCCUGCUGAAGAGAGAGCCUGGUCCCCAGGAGGCUGCUAAAGAUGCGCUGAGCCCUCAGGAAGAGCCCACAGCCCUCCCUGCCCCCCCAGGUCCAGCCAAUGGGUUCUGGAACCUUAAACAUCCUUCUUCAGCAGAGCCCCAGAGAAGCAUCUCCCCGGAACCGAGGAGCUGGGCAGCCUUCUCCACCUCUCCAUCUUCUCCUGGAACCCCCUUGUCCCCAGGAACCCCAUUUUCCCCUGGGACCCCUCCUGUCUUCCCAUGCCCCACCUUUCCCAUCACAUCACCCUCGUGCCACCCCUGCCCAUUCUCCCAGGCCUCUUCAAGCCCAUGUCCACCGGGCCCCGUCUUACCACUCCUGUCCCCCUCCAGCACUUCUCAGUCUCCACUCCCAUCCUCCCCUCUUCCCGUGAGUCCUCUCCCCAGCAGCUCCUCUCACCCGCUCUCUCCUAGUUGUUCCAAAGUCACUCUUAGCUCCCCUGCUUUUCCUGUCUGCCCCUCUCCUCCCCCUCUCCCCUCGACCACAGCAGCCCCUCUCCUGUCUCUGGCUAGUGUCUUCUCUCUGGCUGUGAUGACUGUGGCCCAGUCACUGCUGUCCCCCUCCCCUGGGCUGCUUUCUCAGUCUCCCCCAGCCCCGCCAGGUCCUCUGCCUAGCCUGCCCCUUCCCCUUGCUUCUUGUGGCCAGGAAAGCCUUUCACCCCAAACAGCUGAGACAGAGAGUGAGGCUUCCCAAAAUCCUGCUCAGCCAUUACUGGGUGAAGCUAGGCUGGCCCCCAUCUCUGAAGAGGGAAAGCCCCAGCUUGUUGGGCGGUUCCAAGUGACUUCAUCCAAGGAGCCAGCAGAGCCAUCCCUAGAACCAGCAUCCCCGACUCUCUCUAGCUCCCUAAAGAUUCCAACCCCUCAACUGACCUCAGAGAGCUCAGACACAGAGGACAGUGCAACCAGAGAGGCUCUGGCAGAAAGCGACCGUGCAGCCGAGGGCCUGGGAGUUGCGAUGGAAGAGGAAGGGGCAGAAGGGAAGGAACCCCGAAUUGGGGGCAGCUCCCCACUCUUGAGCCAUCCCAGCCCUGUGUGGAUGAACUACUCCUACAGUAGCCUAUGUGUGAGCAGCGAGGAGUCGGAGAGCAGUGGGGAGGAUGAAGAGUUCUGGGCUGAGCUGCAGAACCUUCGGCAGAAGCACUUGUCGGAAGUGGAGGCGCUACAGACCCUACAGAAAAAGGAAAUUGAGGACUUGUACAGCCGGCUUGGGAAGCAGCCCCCACCUGGUAUUGUAGCCCCAGCUGCUAUGCUGUCCUGCCGCCAGCGCCGCCUCUCCAAGGGCAGCUUCCCCACCUCCCGCCGUAACAGCCUGCAGCGCUCUGACCUCCCUGGCCCUGGCAUCAUGCGAAGGAAUUCUCUGAGUGGCAGCAGCACCGGCUCUCAGGAGCAGCGGGCAAGCAAGGGGGUGACAUUCGCCGGGGAUGUUUGGCAGGAUGGUGAGGGCGGGCCCGAGGGAGAGCCCAGGGAAUGGUGACCAGCAGCAGCUCUGCCUUCGUCCGCUUCGGACAUUUCUUUAGCAUUUUUCUUUUCCCCUCCAGUGAAUUCAGAACAGACGUCCUAUGCCUCCCCAACACCAGGGCCCACCAUGGCACUUGGGGCUCUCAGAAUCUGAUGCUUUUGUGACCAAGUCAACUCGGCAAAGAACACCCCAGCACUGAGGGGGUGGAAGGCUUGUAGGCAUGGAGAGUGCGGUGGUUGUGUUAUCCCGAAGAGGCAAACGUGGGAGCUCUUUGCUGUGUGGGAAUCUCAUUUCUGUAGCCAACCCCACCUUCGUCUUCUGCGCUCCUCCCCAGGCAAGAGCCAACUACUAAGCAAUCCAGCUCAAGUCCAGAUGCUUGCAGAAGGCCAGCUUCCAGCUGGGAGAGUGUAGGUGUACUCCCAUCACCAAAGUUAACAGCAGCCAAUAAAAGUAGUGGGAAAAAGGACUGUGGGUCUGUAUCUGCCA